GAGUGUAGCAGCACACGCCCAAGCUGCACGCCAAAAGGAGCUCAGCUCCCUUCCAGCGUCGGUGCCCCCUUCAUGGUCAUCAAGAAGCGACCCAGACACCCUACCCUUAGCAGCGGCACCCAUAGUGAUGUGGGCUUCGGCGCCUCCUUCUCCUCCUUCGAUAACUUGCAUCCGUUAUUCCUCAAUCGACAUGGCCUUUGAAAAUGCUCAAACUCAAGAAGCUCCUUGA